AUGUCCCGGCGAGUGCUCAAUCCCAGAGCCUUCUUGCUUCAGUGCAGGAGAAGCUAUGCCACAUCUGUUGAUCCACCGAGAGCUGCAACCGCACCUAAGCAGCACCCUCAACUUAGUCAGAUCCGGAACAAUGUCGAGCUCUACGAAAGCAACACACUGGCGCGAAACUACCGCACACACAGAACAGUACCACGGCAAGUCGCCAAAAAUCUCUGGCGCAUGCAGGAGCUUGACCGGCGGAUGAACGAGCCAAGACGGAGGUUAAAAGACCUGCAAAAGACGCUGAAUGCUAGCAAGGGAGACAAGUCCGAUCUUGUCGCGCAGAUGAAGGCGGUCAAACAAGAAAUAGCAAAGCUGGAAGACGAGCAUGGCGACCUGGCCGAUGCAACCGACACCCUGGCUCUAUCUUUACCCAAUCUGACCUCCGACGAGACUCCUCUCGACAAUGAGCCGAAGCUGCGCACCUAUAUCAACUACGACCCAGGAAACCCUCCGACCUACAGCAGUUCGGCGGACCAUUCUAUCAUUGGAGACAUACUCAAACUCCUCAACUUCACCUCGGCAUCUACGGCCUCAGGAUGGGGAUUUUAUUAUCUCUUGAACGAAGCAGCCUUGCUGGAGCAGGCUCUGGUUCAAUACGCGCUGGCGGUCGCGAUGAAACAUGGCUGGUCCGUUGUGGCUCCUCCUUCUGUCGUGUACUCGCAUAUGGCUGCAUCUUGCGGGUUCCAGCCGCGGGAUCAGAAUGAUGAACAACAGAUAUGGCAGGUGGCGCAAUCAGAAAGAGACGCUGGAAAACCCACGCGGAGCUUGGCCGCGACAGCAGAGAUUCCCUUGGCAGCCAUGUAUGCCAGCAGACUUAUACAGGAGGAGGACCUCCCCGUCAAACUCGUCGGGUCAAGUCGGUGUUUUCGUGCGGAAGCCGGUGCGCGUGGGGUGGACACAAAGGGCCUUUAUCGGGUGCACGAGUUCACCAAGGUGGAAAUGUUCGCAUGGACCAACUGUCCAGCGACCGGGAGUGAGGUUUGGGAGGAGAGCAUGUGGACGAGGGACUCGAGAAGGACAUUUAACGAGAUGCUCGACAUCCAGACCGAGAUAUUGUCCUCGCUGGGCCUCCCGUGUCGAGUUCUGGAGAUGCCUUCGUCGGAUCUGGGUGCCAGUGCGUAUCGCAAAAUCGACAUCGAAGCCAUGUUUCCGUCACGCAAGAACAGAGACGAUGGCUGGGGCGAGGUCACCUCUGUGUCCAUUUGUACGGAUUACCAGAGUCGACGAUUGGACACGAGGAUCCAAGAGGCGAACGGAUCAAGAAGGAAGUUUCCACACACUGUCAACGGCACCGCGCUCGCCGUUCCGAGAGUCCUUGCAGCCAUUCUGGAGAAUGGGUGGCGUGAACAGGAAGGGUGCGUGGUGAUCCCCGAAGUGCUUCGAGGCUACAUGGGUGGUAUGGAACGGAUUGGACCACGUUGA